AUGACUACUUUCAUUCGAUCUUGGAAACGAGUGACUCUGUUUCAAAAACAUGAAUUGCCUCAAAAACUUGGUAGAACAAACGUCUCUAUAGCAUCUUUUGGAAAUCAAAUUCUAGCUUGUAACACUUCGGGGAGGGUAACCCUAUACGAUUCUUCCUUGGGGGUAAAGCAAGUGAUCGAUCUGGAGCAUGAAGUAGCUAUCCAACAAAUACUUUGGAUCGAUAAUGAUCGUUUUCUAUUAUUUUACAACUUUGGUGAGCAGGAUGGUCCGAGCUUUUUAGUCAUUUACGCUUUUUCGUGCUCUCAAGAGGAUCCUUCAUUAGAAAAGAAGUUUUCACUUGUAUCUGCCAACCGGUUUAUAGUUGAUGAACAACCGCAUCCAAUAGUGGCGGUCUCUGAAUCACUAUCAGAUAGAUAUUUAGCUUGUGGGUUUGGAGGACAUGUCCUAGCAUUUUAUGGUACUCCUUUUCGUGAAAGAGGACUCCGUAUUUCUAAUAAUUUCAAAUUAUCUGAACCGAUAACCAGCUUAGCGUUUCACAAAUCCGAGGACUUAAUUCUUUACGUUUCCACAACGAACAAAACUUACUCAAUUAAAGGAAAGAAUAUAACAACUCUGGAUACACUUGGCACAUCCAUUAAUUGUUCGUCAGGAUAUAAUGAGCAAAAUAUUUCCUCUCUUACGACUACUUCGCCUUCGUUUAUCUGCUCUCGGUCUGAUGGUCUUACAUUCUAUUUUCCCUCGCAGGACAAAGUUUGUUUUACAUUCCCUGGAGAGAAACAUUUUUUGGCAACACAAGGUCCUAUAUUAGCUUUACAUUAUUCACCAACCGAUCCGUCUGCAACCGGCUUGCCUAAUUCGAGAAAGAGCAUGCCAUCUUCUAACUCUUUUUCAAGACUUGAAGGAGACCGUCUGACAACACCACUUUCUCGAUUACUAUUGAUAGAUUUACCAAGGAAAUUGAUUGUUUGGGAAGGUUUUUUGAGGGAUCAUUCUGCCCAAAUAUUAUCCAUAGACGAAGGCUUCUUAAUACUAACCUCAGUCAAUUCUUUUUUAAAACUUAAAAGAAUUGACCUUAAUGAUGAAAUUUCCCUGCUUAGUAAAAAAACAAUGUAUGACUUGGCUAUUUCCCUCUCUCGACAGAAAAACAUGGAUUCAUACUUUCUGCAAAGCCUAAUGAUAGAAUACGCUCGCUUUUUAUUUCGUAAGGGAGAUUACUCAUUAUCUAUGGAUUGGUAUAUAAAAUCAAUAAGGUCAGUUAAUAUACCAGUCGUUUGCUUAGAAUUUCUUAAAGCAGAGCGCCUUGACCAACUCAUAAGAUUUAUAGAAGCACUCAUGCAAAACGAUUUGGCAAAUUCUGAUCUUAAAUUACUUCUGCUUUCGUGCCAUGUGGAAACAAAAAACUUGAAGGGGAUUAAUAGACUUAUCGAUACUGGUGGAUUCGCAUUUAAUCAGGCAUUUGAUAUCUGUCAUCGGUCUGGUUUUCUUGAAGAAGCUAAGCACCUUGGUAUUCGGUUCAAUAAUCAUGAGCGAGUCAUCGAUGUUCUUUUAGAAGAAAAGAAGUAUUCCGAAAAUUUGGAUUACAUGUAUGAAAUCGCGCCGUCUAGGUUACUCCCGUUAUUGCUUCGUUUUGGCCGAGUAUUGCUUUCGAAUUUACCAAAAGAGACAACUGAUCUGUUUAUAUCAUUUUAUUCUAAUAAUCAUAAAUCUAAGCAAAGCAUGCGAUCUAAAGCUCAGACAAAAUAUGAAAAGUCAUUGCGACAGACUUACCUUUCUCUUCUUCCUUAUGCUAAUGCUACUCCAUUUGGCAUAUCUUCUAUGUCUGCCGAUCAUAAUUCGGAAACGACUGAGGAAAGAGCAGAUAGUGAAGAACCCCAAGUAGACGAAUCAUACAUUGCUCCGAACCCACAGACGUGUUUUCACAUUUUCUUAAACCAUAACUCUGAGUUGAUACGAUUUUUAGAAGCCAUUUUGCCACAUGUUUCUGAAGAAUACAAAACACACAUCAAUACUUGCCUUUUUGAAGCCUAUAUAAGAGAAUCCCAUUCUUCACAGGAUGAAAAUGCUCAAGGAUUCUGGAAAAAAAAGGCCAACUUACUACUGAAAGAUUCAGAAAAACACUUGGAUCUGAAUGCUACCUUCCUGAUAUCUCAGAUUCUGGAAUUCGAUGACGGGGUCAGAUUUGUACAGGGAAAGUCUGGUCAAACACUAGAUAUUUUUCGAUCAUUUUGCAAACAUGACGAUGUUAGUCGUGCAAUGGAAAUGGUACGUGCUCAAGGGGAAGAUCAAAGUGAGUUAUAUAUCAUGAUGCUUAACUAUUUCGCCUCAACAAAUCAGCUAGAGCCUUGGUCAAAAGAAGUAAAGGAGGUUACAGAAUAUAUAAUUAAUCAUCAAUUGAUUUCACCUACUCAGCUUGCAGAGAUCUUAGGUAAAUCAGAUGCCGUUACUCUGGGCAUGAUUGAGGAAGCAGUAGAGAACGCGGCCUAUAGGUUUGAAAGCCAAAUCUCUGAAAAAAAGAAAGGCAUCGAAAUAGGCAAAUCCGAGAUCUUGGAAUUAAAUAAAGAACUGUCCAAUUUACGCACAACUGCUUUUGUUGUUCAGGAGUCUAAAUGCUCUGCCUGUAAUACUGAUUUGGAAUUACCGAUGGUACAUUUUCGAUGUAGGCAUUCCUACCAUUUACGAUGUAUAGAAGAUGAAUGUAUACGCUGUCAAUGGUUGUGA